GAGCAACUCUUUCAAAUCCUCCAUAAUAUUGUACAGGGAGAAAGUCCAACAAAACCCCCUGGAAAUCACUCAACCUCUCAACCCAAAAACCCAAUAGGCCCCAUCUCUGAUUCUUCCCAACUCCAAACUCCAGAAACCCUUUUUGUUUUUUAGCCCCUUCUCUUGCUGUUCUCCUUUGUACUUAUAUCCCUCCUUGGCCAGCCAAUUUUCCCCAUUUCAAAAGCUAGCCCUUUUCCCUUUUCAAGCAUUUUUUUUUUUCACCCUUGCUUUAUUCUCUCCCUCUCUCAUCCACUAAUUUCAAAGAAACAAUUCCAAAACUCCACCACUCCACUCCCCUCUAUAAAUUGAGCAAAACCCAUUGCUUAGAAAACCCAAGAGCUCCAAACUCCACCACUCCCUCUCUAAAUUGAGCAAAACCCAUUUGCCAAAACACUCAAAGGUUCCAAAAUCCCAUCACUUUUCUAUAAAUUGAGCAAAACCCAUUUCUUAAAAUCCCAUCACUCCCUCUACAAAUUGAGCAAAAACCAUUAGAUUAAAAAUUAAAAAAAAAAAAAAAAAAACUCUCAUCUCCUCUCCUCAAAACCCAAUUACACAAAACCCAUAAAUCUUCUUCAAAACAGAUUUUCAAACCACACCAGAAAUGAAAGAAUAUUGGACUUCUUUGGCCUCUUUGCUAGGCGUUUUAGCCUUCUGCCAGAGCAUCCUUCAAACAGUCUUCCCACCAGAGCUUCGCUUCGCCUUCUUGAAGCUCUUCAACAAGAUCUUCCACUGGUUCUCCUCCUACUACUACUUCGACAUCACGGAGAUCGACGGCGUCAACACCAACGAGCUCUACAACGCCGUCCAGCUCUACCUGAGCUCCACCGUCUCCAUCUCCGGCAGCCGCCUCAGCCUGACACGUGCCCUCAACUCCAGCGCCAUCACUUUUGGGCUCUCUAACAAUGACUGCAUGGUGGACGCCUUCAAUGGCGUCACCGUCCUCUGGGAGCACGUGGUCACGCAGAGGCAAUCCCAGACGUUCUCAUGGCGGCCAUUGCCGGAGGAGAAAAGAGGCUUCACUCUGCGCAUCAGGAAGAAAGACAAGUACCUCAUUCUCAACAGUUACUUGGAUUUCAUAAUGGACAAGGCCAACGAAAUUCGAAGGAAAAACCAGGAUCGGCUUCUGUACACAAAUUCGAGAGGUGGGUCGUUGGAUUCUCGAGGCCAUCCUUGGGAAUCUGUGCCCUUCAAGCAUCCAAGCACGUUUGACACAUUGGCUAUGGACCCAAAGGUGAAGAAGGAAAUUAUGGAUGAUCUCAAGGACUUUGCCAAUGGCCAAGCCUUUUACCAGAAGACAGGGCGCGCUUGGAAAAGAGGGUACCUUCUGUAUGGUCCUCCAGGCACUGGGAAGUCAAGUAUGAUUGCUGCAAUGGCUAAUUUUCUUGGGUAUGAUAUUUAUGAUCUUGAGCUCACUGAGGUGCACACCAACUCUGAGCUGAGGAAAUUGCUGAUGAAGACAAGUUCCAAGUCUAUUAUUGUGAUUGAGGAUAUAGAUUGUUCAAUUAAUUUGACUAACAGGAAGAAGAACAAUGGUGGUGGUGGAGGAGCUUCUGGUAGGACUUAUUAUGAUUCAAUGGAAAUGAGAGGAGGUGGAGGUGGGGGUGGUGUUUCAGUUCCUGGAGAAGAAGGUGGUGGUGGAAAUUCAAUUACACUUUCUGGGUUGUUGAAUUUCACUGAUGGGUUGUGGUCUUGUUGUGGGAGUGAGAGGAUUUUUGUGUUCACAACCAACCACAUUGAGAAGCUUGACCCUGCAUUGCUGAGAAGUGGAAGAAUGGAUAUGCAUAUAUUCAUGAGCCACUGUUCAUUUCCAGCGUUGAAGAUUCUGCUGAAGAACUAUUUGGGGUAUGAGGAGGGUGAUUUGGAUGAGGAGAUUGGGAAGGAGUUUGAAGGGGUUUUGGAAAAAGCUGGAAUGACACCAGCUGAUGUGAGUGAGGUGUUGAUCAAGAACCGGCGCGAUAAGGGCAACGCGGUGAGGGAAUUGUUGGAGGCAUUGAAGGCAAGGGCAGAGAAGAACAAUGUAGGGGGUGGUUCAAGGGAAAAGAUUAAUGGAGGCCAUGAUUUGGAGGAGGAGGAGGAAGAAGAGCAGGAGAAGAGGGCCUUGGAGAGCCCUAAAGAAGAAGGGUGUGACUUUGUUGAGGGCAGCUGCAAGAAAGGUGAUGAGAAGGAUCCAAAAGAAGAUAAUGAGAUUAUAGAAAAAUGAAGGGCACCAAGGUUAGGUUUUCUUUUUCCUUUUUGUGUUUCUUUUUAUGGGUGCAGAGCAGAGAGAAGAUGGGGUUGGAGAUUUGGAAAAAAGAAAGGCAAAAGGCUGAUUGAUUAUUGCAUUUGGAGUAUUGGAUCUUCAAAUUUUGUUUUGUUGGGAUAAGAAAAGUUAGAAGCUUUCUAGUUCUAAUAUUAUCCAAAUUCUAACAUGUUAUAAAAAUCUGUCUUUGUAGUUUCCAAUAAUGAAAUCAAAAUCCAUUUACUUGCACACUUGCA